AUGUUUAGCCGCAUCGUAGCGGUUCAUGGAAUGAAUAUUUCAAACAGAGCUUCCCCUAACAUGGAAGAAAUGACUUUCUUUCAUGACCAGACAGUAAUUAUUCCAACUCUUACCACGACUUUAGCUUCGAUUAUAACUAAUCGUUCAGGAUUCUUUUAUAGCCAAUGCUCAGAGAUUUGUAGAGAAAAUCACAGUUUCAUAUAUAUUGUUGUAGAAAAAAUAGCAGACGCAUUUAUCCAAGUUUACAUCUUUGUGGUCCUCUUGGGACAGUAG